AUGUUAGUAUUUUUGAAAUCUAUUUUCUUGAAUGAUUAGAUGAUAUUAAGAAAGAAUUAAACAAUUAGGCUAAAGAAUAAACCAAAAAUUAAAUAAAGCUCUAGUAAGUAGUUAUUUUCUUAAGGUGAUGAGCUUCUUUCUAAUGGCUUUUGCUUGCUUGUUUGUUUGUUAAUAGUUUUGCAUUUAAAAGAAGAAAAAGAUGAUAUUAUGAUGAAAAACAUAGAAGAAAUAAAUAAUAUUAAUAAGGAUUAAUCAAGUUUGAAGCAAUUAAAUAAAUUAAUUAAUAAUUAAGUGUAGUUUUUAAUAAGACUGAAAGAAUAAGCAAAAGUGUUUGUAAAUAUAAAUAAAAAAUGA